GCGAAUGAUUCUCCUGUAGGUGGCGAUAAAUUCAUAGUAUCCGAACUAUCGGCACUCAGCGGCUUCCGUCUGCAUCCGGUGCGCUGUCCGCGGCCAACAAUUUUUAAUGUGAGAAUUUCACCUCUACAUAUUUUUCCACGUCGUAAAGCAUAAUACCACCAGGCACAAAUGUCUUCUGACGCACUGAAAAAGCGAAAGGCUAAAGUUCUUCGUAACGAAGCCGGAACUCCUGAGGUGAAACGAGGAAGAGGUGACGUAGACCACCAGGAUGUACGCAUCUACAACGAGGAGGUGGAGCUUGAUGGCAGGGACCACGAGGGGGACUUCCUCCAAUUUAAAGAAUCGUGUGAAGGGUUGGCCGCUCUGAUGGGUGAAAUACAGAAGCUCAAAGCCAAUGGGGCAAAAGAGGGGUCUGCCGAGAUUGAACGGAGACGCUUGCAGAGCUGCAGCCACUUCAUGACUUUGAAAAAACUCAACCGUCUCGCUCACAUGCGACUUAAAAGAGGCAGAGACCAGACCCAUGAGGCAAAGCAGAAAGUGGACGUGCUGCACCUCCAGUUGCAGAAUCUUCUGUAUGAAGUUCUGCAUCUUCAGAAGGAAAUCAGCAAAUGUUUGGAGUUUAAGUCUAAGCAUGAGGAUAUCGAUCUCGUGAGUGAGGAAGACUUUUACAAAGAUGCGCCGGAGGAGAUUUCCAGGCCGCAACUCACCAAAAACGAUCCGCACCAGCUCACACUGGCACGAUUAGACUGGGAGCUUGAACAGAGGAAAAGAUUGGCAGAGAAGUACAAAGAGUCCCAGGCCACCAAGGAGAAGAUCCAGAAGACUAUUGAGGUCAAGAAGGAACACCUGAGGAGCUUGCAGCCUGGCCUGAACGCCAUCAUGCAGGCCUCUCUCCCAGUGCAAGAGUACCUCGCCAUGCCUGUUGAACAGACACAGAAACACAGCGAGAUUGCUCAGCACCUGCCGCCGCCUCUCUAUGUCCUGUUUGUUCAAGCCAACGCAUACGGCCAAGCAUGCGACAAGAACCUGAGCGUGUCUAUCAGUGGGGAUGUGGACGAGGCCAAGGCAAUGUCUAAACCUCCGGAGGAUUCUCAGGAUGAUGACAGUGACUCUGAUGCAGAGGAAGAGCAGGAAAAAACUAAGAGGAGACGGCCAACCGCUGGUGGCCAGCUGGAUGACAAAAGGCGAGAGAUGCUCAAGAGGCACCCGCUGUCCCUCUCCUUCGACCUGGCGUGUAAAGAUGGCAGCGUCCUCAAUCUGUACUUCUACUACCUGAUAAACCUCAACAUUAUGACGGUCAAAGCUAAGAUUUCCUCAUCCACAGACCUCACCACAGCCAUCAGCGCAGGGGAGCUGGUCAAAUCUGAAACCCUUAUCAGCUGUCUGUAUUCGAACGAUCACGGAAGAGAAACGCCCAAUCCAGCCAACCGUUAUCAGUUUGAUAAAGUUGGAAUCGUUUCAUUCGCUGACUAUGUUGACGAGCUGGGCCAUCCCUACAAGUGGGUUCAGAGCCUUGGAGGGCUGCAUUUUCCAAGUGAUUCCUCAGAAGGUGUGCUUUUGGGCAGUUCUUUGAGUGCUAGCCAUAUGGAAACCACCAUGAAGCUCCUGCGGGGCCGGGUCCUGUCCCGCUUGGCUUUGCAUAAGCAGUUUGCUUCUUUAGAGCACAACAUCAUCCCUGUCACCAAUGAGUGUCUGCACCUCUUUCCAGCCAAGAUUAUUUCCCGCUUGGCGCAGUGGACCACCAUCACGCAUGAAGAGUACAUGGAUUUUCCAUUUACACGUCAUGUGGCAGACGCUGGUCUCGCGAAAGAGACCGAUAUGUACUUUUCUGCAGUGAUUGAAAGAGGCACAGCUCGUCUCCGGGCCGCAGUGGUGAUGAAUCCUCGUUACCCAGAAAUCUCUCCUCUCUUCUCACUGGCUCUCAGCUGGAAGGGAGAGCGCAGCGGACGCACUGACGACAACCUCCGGGCCAUAGAGAGCGAGGUGAACGUGUUCAAAAACGAGCUGCAGGGGCCGCGUCCAGGCUACCAGCUCUUGACCAAUCAGAUUUCCCGCCUGUGCGUGUGCCUGGACGUCUACCUGGAGACUGAAGAACAAGACGACGGCGUGGAAGGACCGCGGGAGUUUCCCCGGGAAAAGAUGUGCCUGCGCACUGUCAAGGGUCCAAAUCGUCUGAAGCCAUUCAAAUACAACCAUCCCCUGGGCCUCUUCAGUCAUCGCUAAAAGUUGGCCUGCGAUUCUCGUUGCAAAUUUUAACUCAUCGUGACAAUUGAAGCUUUUUAGAUGAACUGGUGACAUUUUCUUAAAAUCUUUCAUUUGACACCAUUUGAAAAUAAAUCAAUACAGUAUGUUGUUUUCUUUGGGGG